AUGGUCUCCCAGGUUGUGCAGACCCUGCGUCAGGGAGUCUGGGCAUCUGUGACCGGGGGCUGGUACCACGACCCGGACCAGAACAAAUUCAACAACUCCUGCCACCUCUAUCUGUGGAUAUUUCUCCUGAUGUUACCCUUGUCUCUCCAUCUGGCCCUGCCCCCCACCACCAUGGCUUUGAGCAUCUACUGCACCUCCAUCACGGUCUUCUUCAUCUUCAUCAAGCUGGCCAACUAUCGGCUGCACCUGAUGUUCGACGAGGGAGAGGCGGUGGUCCGCAGCAGCGUCUCUGACCUCAGCAAGGCUGCAGAGAAGAAAAGUAAUGCGUCGGACUCCUGCCUGCCCGCCAACAUCAGGAAGAGCAGCACAGUUCCAGACAGCGUUGCCAUGACGAUGUUGGCUCUGAAACGUACCAGUCCGGUGAUACAGGUGACGGUGAAACAGACUGAAACUGACCCUGGACUGAUCGGGGUGGACUGUUCGAAGUCAGAUGAGGAGGGGAAGACAGUGGAAGGUAAAGCUGAUCUUUCUCUGGGUUCGACUGAGAUACAGAUAGGACAGGGUGAGAGUGCUGCAGCUGAGAGGCCUGUGGAGGGAGGCCUGAACCCAAGCCCAUCUCCAGAUGACCUCUCCAGCCCCAACCAGGACCAGGCUGCCCCACUGCUGCAGGCCCAGCAGAGGACCCCGUCCCGGGCUGAGAGGGGAGAGUCGCGGCCUGGAUCUGCGAGUACGACGGGGAAACUGGACGCGGAAAUAAUUGAAACUGCGGCUGUGAAAGAAGGAGUGGACAUUCAGAGCUCGUUGGCUGAGAGAGAGCAAUCAGAGCAGGAGAGAACAGCGGAGAAAGACAGAAUAGAAGACCGUGAGGAUAAAGACAGCGCAGACAGAGAAACAGCUGAUGAAGGUCUGCCUCCCUCCAAGGGAAGUGAAGAUGAGAGCGAGGAGGAGAAUGACGGGCAAAAAGAACCCUCAGAUGCCAACAACAACUCACUGGGGACUCCUCAAGACCACCAGAUUGAUUUCAUCGACACCCCAGAUUCUCCUGCACAGGUAGGCCUCCCAGAAGCUGAGCUGGUGGAGGAGACGUACUGUUCUGAUGAGAUUGAGGUGGUUCUGGUAGACAGCUCUGGACCGAGGCCGGUGUCGGCUCACCUGGACGACAGCGACACAGUCAAGAUCAUCAUCACCAUGAGCUGUGACCCGCAGACUGCUGCUCAGCUGGAGGAGAGCGUCAAGCAGAGCCUCCUGGAAAAUGCACAGGCUCAGAAGGAUGCUGGAGAGUGUCACAUCAAGAUCCCCGUCAUCACCUUUGACUCCCCCGAGAAGGAGAAGCAGGAGGGGAAAGAGAGAGAGGAAGCGGCCGUCUCGGAAGAUGACAACACCCCGAAACAGCAACAGACAGCCAGCCAAAGUGAAGAGUUUCACCUGUGUAGAGAAACAACCACCUCCGAGUCCACCACACUGGAGUGUCCAGACCCAGACCAGGAACAUCUUGGUGUUCAGAUAACUGAUGACAGCACACAGAGCCCGCAGCUGACGAACGAUAACAGCUCAUCGGGUAUCGAUAUUCACUCCCACCACGAUGACACCGACCCUCUGGAUCCUAAUGUGGAUUCACAAGGUUUCCUGCGUCUGCCGCCGGCUUUGGGCCGUUACGGGCCUGGAGGAAGGACUCACAUCCGCGGGCUGAGCAUGGACAGUGGGAAAGACGCCGUGCUGCUUUCAGACCGCUCACAUAACACAACCAUGACCAGUUCCAAGUCAGAUCUGGAGGCGAAGGAGGGCCAGAUUCCCAACGAAUCAAACUUCUUGGAGUUUGUUUCCUUGUUGGGGUCUCUCAGUACCAGAGCGGGAGGAGCCAGCACUCAGGAAGACAAGAGGCCAGAACGCCCAGAGGAAGUGGGAGCUGCAGAGGAAGAGAAUCUGAGCGUGACUUCCAGACAAGAUGAGACGAUAACAGAGACCAACACGGAAAACAAACCAGAGAGACCGAAACCACCCACCAGUCUGCCUACCGACACACUAAAGGCCAUACCACCCACACAGAUCCCAAUAGUCUCCCCUGACAGUCCUCAAACAGACAGAGAGAAGGAUCCAGACUAUGACUCACUGCCUUCACAAACCUCUCAGUCAGAGAGCUCCAUGCUGCAGGUCAUCUGCAGACCAGAGGCCACCAACAAAGAAGAUGCCUACACCUUCCAUACUGUACACAGAGACAGGCCUCGUAAGCUGUAUGCAGAGAGAGCUCUCAACCUCCCGCUAGGAGCAGAGCUCAUCACUGGCAACAUGUGUGACCUGCUGUCAACUUCUUCCAACUCGGAGUGUCAGGACGCCCUGGUAGGCGGUCAUGCUGACUGCCCUUUCCAGCGACGCAUCAUCCCUGCACACAGGCUUCGGCCACGAAGGACGCACCCCGAGAUAUUUCAGGAAGAGGACUCGUUGGACGAGUCGUCGGAGACGUCCACUCAGGAGAAACCGACCAGGAAGAUUUAUUACAAACUCAAAGUGUUUCCUGGGAAAGUGAUCAACCUUUUAUAUGACCGACUCACCCUGCUUGCUCUCCUGGACAGAAACCAAGAAGUUGUGGAGAAUCUAGUUGCAGUCUUCAUGGCCUUUCUGGUUUCCUUUUUGGGAUUCGUGCUUCUAAACCACGGCUGCUUCAAAGACUUCUGGGUCUUCCAGUUCUGCCUGGUCAUCGCCAGCUGCCAGUAUUCCUUACUGAAGAGUGUUCAACCAGAUGCAGCUUCACCGACACAUGGUCACAACCAGCUGGUGGCCUACAGCCGAGCGGCUUACUUCUGCAUCUUCUGUGCUCUGAUCUGGACGCUGGAGCAGCUGCUGAGGAGGAAGGACCUGCCCGUCUCCACCCUGUACGGGGUCACCAUCGUCUGCCAUGACGCACUGGGCUUCUUGCGAGAUCUGCUAGUGGGUUUUACCUACUGCUUCCCGAUCACCUUCCUGGUGGGCCUUUUCCCUCAGAUCAACACCUUCACCAUCUACCUGCUGGAGCAGAUUGACAUGCACUUUUUUGGAGGGACAGCUGCUACGAGUCUCAUCUCUGCAGUUUAUGGCAUCCUACGCAGUCUGAUGGCUCUGUCUCUGCUCUACGGUUUCUGCUUCGGAGCUCUCAAGGAGCCGUGGGAUGAGCAGCACACUCCAGCUCUGUUCUCUGGUUUCUGUGGCCUUUUGGUGGUCUUCUCCUACCACCUAAGUCGACAAAGCAGCGAUCCGUCCGUGCUACUAUCUCUGGUUAAGUCAAAGAUAAUGCCGGUUUUGGUGGAGAGUGAGGAAGAGGAGGAGGAAGACACAGAGAGUAAAGACCCACUGCCUGAGAAACUGCAGAACUCGAUGAAGGAGAUUCUGCUGUCGGACGUAGUCGUGUGCUCUGUUGCUUACAUCCUAACCUUCGCCAUCACUGCAAGUACUGUGUUUCUGUCUCUCAAGCCCUUUGUGACCAUCGUGCUGUACGCUCUGGCGGGGACUGUGGGGUUUGUAACCCACUACCUGAUCCCCCAGCUGAGGAAGCAUCACCCUUGGUUGUGGAUUUCUCAUCCGGUUCUCAAGACCAAGGAGUACCAUCAGUUUGAACCCAGAGAGGACGCUGUGCUGAUGUGGUUCGAGCGUCUGUACGUGGGGCUCCUGUGCUUUGAGAAGUACGUGGUGUACCCCGCCAUCGUGCUGAGCGCACUCACUAACGACGGCUUCGCCCUCAGUCAUCGCAAGAAGCUGGGAAUCCACUGCGAUGUUCUCCUGACAACAGUUGCUGGACUGAAACUCCUGCGUACAUCGUUCUGCGACCCGAGCUUCCAGUUCCUCACUCUGCUCUUCACACUCGUCUUUUUCCACUUCGACUGUCCACACGCCUCCGAGAGCUUCCUGCUGGACUUCUUCAUCAUGUCUAUUGUUUUCCAUAAGAUGCGUGAGCUUUUGCUGAAGCUCCAUUUCAUCUUGGUUUACAUCGCUCCCUGGCAGAUCGCCUGGGGCAGCGCUUUUCAUGCCUUUGCUCAGCCUUUUGCAGUGCCUCACUCAGCCAUGCUGCUGCUCCAGACUUUGCUCACCACCGUUUUCUACACCCCGCUGGCUCCCUUCCUGGGCAGCGCAAUCUUCAUUUCCUCAUAUCCGAGGCCCAUCAAGUUCUGGGAACGAAACUACAACACAAAGCGUAUUGACAACUCUAACAGCAGAUUGGUGUCCCAAGUAGAUAAAGAGACAGGAUGUGACGAUAGCAACCUAAACUCCAUCUUUUACGAGUAUCUGACCCGCUCGCUGCAGCACUCACUGUGUGGUGACCUCACGCUGGGCCGAUGGGGAAACUACAGCGCCGGAGACUGUUUCAUCCUGGCGUCUGACUACCUCAACGCCCUGGUCCACCUCAUCGAGAUCGGCAACGGGCUGGUCACAUUCCAGCUGAGGGGUUUGGAGUUCAGAGGUACAUACUGCCAGCAGCGAGAGGUGGAGGCCAUCACAGAGGGAGUGGAGGAAGACGACGCGUGCUGCUGCUGUGAGCCGGGUCACUUGCCCCACAUGCUGUCGUGCAAUGCGGCCUUCAACCUGCGCUGGCUGGCCUGGGAGGUGAUGGCCACCAAGUACCUGCUGGAGGGUUACAGCAUCAGUGAGAACAACGCCGCCACAAUGCUGCAGGUGUACGAUCUCCGGAAGCUACUCAUCACCUACUACCUGAAAAGUAUUAUCUACUACCUGAUCCACUCUCCCAAACUGUCCACCUGGCUCAAGGACGUCACCGCUCAGGAGGCGCUGCAGUCGUACACCAAGUGGCACCACAUCGAGCGCGACCCUCAGGUCUUUAGCGUGAAGAUCGAUGAAGACUACGUGCACUGCCUGCAGGGCGUGACACGGGCCAGCUUCUGCAACGUCUACCUGGAGUGGAUCCAGCACUGUGCUGGGAAGAUGGAGACGCCGGUGGACAGUGAUGAGGACUCUCCUUUGGUGACCCUGUCUUACGCUCUCUCCGUCCUGGGGAGGAGAUCCCUCGGCACGGCAUCACACAACAUGUCCAACAGUCUGGAAUCCUUUCUGUACGGUUUCAACACCCUGUUUAAAGGAGAUUUCCGCAUCGCCACCAAAGACGAGUGGGUUUUUUCUGAUCUUGACCUCCUGCAGAAGGUUGUGGCUCCUGCAGUCAGAAUGAGCCUCAAACUGCAUCAGGAUCACUUCACCUGCCUGGAGGAGACAGAGGAGGCCUCCAUCUUGUACGAAGCCAUCACAAACUACCGCAGCAGCCUGGUCAUCUGCCACGAGAGUGACCCCGCAUGGCGUAAGGCGGUGCUUUCCAGCCGCGACACUCUGCUCACACUGAGGCACAUGAUCGACGACGGCACGGACGAGUACAAGAUCAUCAUGCUGUACAAACGCCACCUCAGCUUCAAGGUCAUCAAGAUAAAUAAAGAGUGUGUGCGAGGUCUGUGGGCGGGCCAGCAGCAGGAGUUGGUGUUUCUACGGAACCGAAACCCAGAACGCGGCAGCAUCCAGAACUCGAAGCAGGCGCUGAGGAACAUGGUGAACUCGUCCUGUGACCAGCCGCUGGGAUACCCCAUGUAUGUGUCACCACUAACCACAUCGUACGCAGGAACCCACCGGACGCUCCGCAGCAUCGGAGGAGGUGCUUUAAGCCUGGACGCCAUUCGAUCCUGGCUCUGCUCUAAAUGGUUACGGGUGCGUAAGGACAACCUGACCAGCUGCAACAGUGGUGUGAACAUGGAGGAUGUGGACUGCGGAGCCGGUGUUUCGUCCUCGCUGAGCCACAACCGCCCUUCCUCCGUCACGUCCAACAGCCUGAGCCUCUACCAGCACAGAGCCAGGACCACACACAGCCACAGACACCACAACGCAGCCAGGAGGGAGUACCGCAGUCGCUCAGUGCAGCCUCAGAGUCAGCGUCCCCCCGUCAGCAGCCAAUCAGGGCCUAUUCUGGACUCGGGCUCCACCCACGGGCUCGUCCAGCGUCUGUCCAACAGUCAGCUGUCCUUUAACACAUCCAUAGCCUCUAUAUUCUCCCAGGUCCCUCGUCUCUCAGGAGCAGGUGGGAUCAGCUCACAGCUCCAGGCAGCGCAGCAUCAGCAGCGCUCCAGCCAGGUCUCCUCGUCUUCGUCCACUCUCAGCUUGCUGUUUGGGAAGCGUAGUUUCUCCAGCGGCCUGGUUAUCUCUGGGCUGUCCGCUGCUGAAGGGGGCAACACCACCGAUACGCAGUCCUCCUCGAGCGUCAACAUCGCCAUGGGGCCGUCGCACAGGUCCAGCAGCAGAGCCACACAGUGGACAUCAGAGCCAUAUGAGAGUAUAGACGCAACCUACUCCAACGCAGGCGUCACGGUGAAAGAUAGCGUGCAGUCAGGUGACCGAGGCUGCAGCCAGGGAUUAGACGAGACCCAGGAGGACUCAGCAUCCGUCUCAACAGCUCCGGAGGCGACUGAACAAAAGACUGUCUGA